GGAGCACCGCCGCCGGCUGGAGCAGCGACGCCAGCUGAGGCUGCGACUCGACGAAAAGCCAAAAAAACAAAGUUCCAAUCAGUUGCAGUCGCGAAUUAGCGUCGCACAGACGCGCUUCCCAGCUCAGAAUUCCCUCUCGCUCUCACUCUCGCUGUCGCUCCUUUUGGCAUCUUGGGCCCUCGCGGAAGUCCGAUAGUUCCGAGAUAUCUUGUGGGUGUAACGGUGAAGCCAACUCUGCAGGAUGGUGCACAUGAACGACAAAAACGAGGAUCACCUGCUGGAGAAACGGAUUUCGGAUCUGCAGGAGUGGCUUAAGUCGCAGCCGCAACUGCCGCAGAAUAUAUCUCGCUUGCUGCUCCGCCGCUUUCUGCACUCCACACGCUGCGAUCCGUCGGCUGCCCAGCGGCUCUUGGAGCUCAACUACGGACUCCGCAACAAGCACGCGAACAUCUUCAUCGACAGGGAUCCCCUGGACGCCAGCUCCCAGCAGUUGUUGCAAGUAGCAGACCUGGUGCCGUUGCCCGGCUUGACCCCCGAGAAUAACAAGUUGCUCUUUUAUCGCCUGAUCGAUUUCGAUGCGGAAAAGUUCAACUUCACGGCGGCGAUCAAGGUGUUCUUUAUGGUCGCCGACUGCCGCUUCGCCACGGAAGAUGAGGAGCGUUUGUCAGAGGGGGAAAUCCCCAUCUUCGACAUGGCUGGAUACACGCUGCGUCACCUGACCAAAACCGCCUUGGGCGCCCUGCGGGUGUACAUGAAGUUCGUCCAGGAGGCGCAUCCGGUGCGGCUCAAGGAGAUCCACGUGCUGAACUGCCCCCUGUUUGUGGAUAAGGUCAUGGCUGUGGUCAAGCCUUUCAUCAAGAGCGAAGUCUUCAAGCUGAUCCACUUCCACUUGCCCGAUUCGGAGACCCCGUAUGGCCACUUUCCGCGCUCCAUGUUGCCGGAGGAGUACGGCGGGGAGGCGGGCAAAAUGUCGGACUUGAAGCAGCAGUGGAUGCAGCUGCUCAAGGAGCAAAGGGACUAUUUGAUGGACUCGAAAAACUGGCAGAUAAACAAGGUCAAAAAGAGCGGUCAGCGAAAGUCCGCGGACGCUGGAGUUACACAAAGUCUUCGGGCGCUUGAAAUUGAUUAGUCGUCGCGUGCACAACUGUACCUUAAUCUAUGGUGUUUUUUUUUGUGGUGGUUUUCGCCUUCUUCAGGAUUUUGUAUAAGCGAACACUGUUUGCUUUUUAUAAUUCGGACAUUUUGGACUUAAUAACCAGCAAAGCAAUAGGUUUCUUAUUUCAAGAGGUUUCCUCUGAGCUAAGAAAUCGAAGCGACAGAACGCAAUUUAAUAAUGCCAAAGGCACUUUUGCAGAAUCCUGUUGAACGUGAAAAUCGGAUUAGACCCCACCAUCUAUUGUUUUUUGUUCUGUUCUCGUUUCAACCUCCCAACUGGGCUUGGGUCUAUGUAAAUACAUGCUAUGCUCAAAGAGAAGGCUCCUCUUGUUCCA